AUGUUAAUUAUCACAGUAUAUUAUGUAGAGUACCAGAUUUUAACCCAGCUUGUGCUAAAAAAUUUUAGAAGGGAUUAUAAUCCAAAAAUUAAAAGUUUGAUCAUGAAGAAUUUAGAGAGACUUCUGACAUAACAAAUAAAAGUUUAGUAAAAAGAUUCUAUGAUGAAUCUUAAACUACUUAUCUUAUUUUUAAUUCAGCUACAAAUUAUUGAAUUUAAAUUGAUUAUGUAAAGAACAGAUAAAUUAAAUCAGAACAAUUUAGUUUCUUACCAAGAAUCGAUGUUGGUGCUUCUUAUCUGA